AUGCACGAACUUCGUGAUUCUCUUCUAGGUGCUUAUCCUAGGGGCACUCCUUCUGUCACAACAAGCGACCAUGGUCGCAGAGACCGGGAAAGUGCUCGUCAAUCUAUCGCUCGGGGUGAAUUCCAAGAUAUUCGAGAUACGGCCUUCAGCAACCGGACCUGGUUUGUCACCAAUCGAUACUGCUACGUCGGAGAUGGAAUACAGACCCUCGAGGAAUACAUCCAUAGCUCGUGGCAUAUGUACUACGAGCUUGGCCGAACCAUCCCCUCUGAAUCACCUGAGCAUGAGGGUGUGGUUCUCGAUAUCCUCCGCAUCCAAGGGAUGGGCCCGUUGACUCGACCCGCCCCGGGCCUGUACGGUGUUGAUUUUGCAAGGUUUGCCGAUGAUACACUCUGGAACGACCUUCCUUUUUUUGUUGACGACCUGACCGAUCUCUGGGUCAACAACGGUGGUGUGAUGUCAGGAAAACACCGUCUGAAUUUCUCAACAUUCCUGGCAAAGCUUGCAUCCACCCGCGUCGACAAGGAUAGGCUGUGCCAAAUUGCGCUUCUUGUUUUUCGUUAUCUCUUUGAAAGCCCUCAAGCACUUCGCAGUGAGAACGAAGAAGACGAGGAAGACCUCGAUCGAGGUAUGAAACAGCUUGAGAUCAUUAACCUCUUGCCAUCUGCCGUCGCUUGGUUGAAGAUAGCAGGUCAUAAUCUCCUUUUUCUCUCAGAGGUAUAUUGGAACCAAUGCCCCAGCGACGUCAGCAAGGGUGGCGAGACUUUCCUUGAAUCAGAGUUCGGACAAAGAUCGCCUUCUGGAUUCUCGCCAUGGAGAUACUUAUUUUGGCUGAAGCGACUCAAUGAGAUUCGGGAAGAAGCUAAUAAUGCCAAUGAAAACGCCCUGGAGGAGCUUGCCAGCGAUGGUGUCGAUUACAUGGUCAACACUAUGAAGGAAAGAAACUCCGAGGUCAUUGAAGCUUUCAGAAAUGGCGGAGAUCUUCUGCAUCAGGACAAGCAUCUUGCAUGUCUGAAGCACCUCAUAUGCGACGACAUCUAUUUUUAG